UCAGACAUCUGUUCCGAGGCGAGAGGAGAGAAGCGGCAGCGUCUCGGUGGCUCUCACUGUAACAUCACUGUAUGGGGAUACCGCACUGACAGACAACGCCGCUUCACCUUAUUUAGAGAAAAUCUUUCUACGCGGGCAUUUUUAUUUGUAAUUGGUUAGUUUUCGACCGGCUGCUUCAGCUCGUCGCCAUGACAGCGCUGUGCCUGCUUUUGAUGGCCGUGUCGGCUGCAUCUGCGCUGGCCGAGUCCACAGUUUAUUUCCGCGAGCAAUUUGAAGACGGCGAUGCCUGGAUGGGUCGGUGGGUGGAAUCCAAGCACAAGUCCGAUUAUGGGAAGUUUGUCCUGACUGCCGGGAAAUUCUACGGUGAUGAAGAGAAAGACAAAGGUCUGCAGACGAGCCAGGAUGCCCGUUUUUAUGCACUGUCAGCCCGUUUCGAUGACUUCAGCAACAAGGGCCAGCCUUUAGUCAUACAGUUCUCCGUGAAACACGAGCAGAGCAUCGACUGUGGCGGAGGCUACAUUAAACUGUUUCCCUCCGAGCUCAACCAGGAGGACAUGCAUGGAGACUCUGUCUACAACAUCAUGUUUGGUCCUGAUAUUUGCGGCCCCGGCACAAAGAAAGUUCACGUGAUCUUCAACUACAAAGGCAAGAACCACCUGAUCAACAAGGACAUCCGGUGCAAGGAUGAUGAGUACACCCACUUGUACACACUGGUCGUCAACCCUGACAACACUUAUGAGGUUAAGAUAGACAAUAAGAAGGUGGAAUCUGGCAAUCUGGAGGAUGACUGGGACUUCCUGCCUCCCAAAAAAAUCAAGGAUCCCGAGGCCAAAAAGCCAGAGGACUGGGAUGACAGGGAGAAGAUUCCUGACCCUGACGAUAAGAAACCUGAGGACUGGGACAAACCAGAGAACAUCCCAGAUCCUGAUGCCAAGAAGCCCGAUGACUGGGAUGAUGAGAUGGAUGGCGAGUGGGAGCCACCGAUGGUCACGAACCCUGAAUACAAGGAUGCUGAGAAGAAGAUGAAGGAAAGCCAAGAGGAAGACGAGAGAAAGAAGCGCGAGGAGGAGAACAAGAAGAGGAGAGAAGAGGCAAAGGAGGAGGACGAGGAGGAAGAGGAGAAGGAGGAGGAGGAGGAGGACGAAGAGGAGGAGGAAGGGGAAGAGCACGAGGAAGAGGAGGAGGAAGAAGAGGAGGAGGAAGGCACAGACUCUAACCUCAAGGAUGAGUUAUAAACUCAAGAACUGCUCAGACUGUGUCAGUGGGCCGUUGGAAUAAGGCUGAGACUGAGACCCUGACGACUGACACCCCGGGGCGGGGGCUGGGUGGGAAGGGCUUUUUCCAUUUCUUUGUUUACAAAGCAAGGUGAUCGGUCAGAAAAGGGCAAUUAAAUGUUCUGUUUCUUGUUUCCAUGUGCUACUACUACUAUUAUAAUGAUGAUUAUUAAACGAGGACUAGUGAUAAGCAUAAUUAAUGUCAAAUGAAUGUCGAAACCAGAAAUUUUAACACAAACGUGUGAAUUGUCAUUUACAUUUUACAAAAUCUGGGUUGUUAUGACGUGUGAUAUUGUGAUGAGAUGAGAAGUUUUAUUUGGUAUGGAGGUUUUGGUACCAGGAAAACGUUUGGUUUACCUCACGUGUUUUGUUUGCCUUUAAUUUUUUAUUUUUGUACAUUUUUCUUUCAUUCCUGUCGGGCUGGGAGGAUUAGAUUUGAUGUUGUCAUCCAGGUUAUUUUGCCUUCUUCUGUUUCCACUAUCUGAUUCAAACGAGGAUUGUUGGCACGGCAACCAUUGUGCAGUAGGACUAACACUAUAUUUGACAACCUGAUCAAAAGUGAAAAAAGAAAACAAAUCAGUCUGCAGUGGGAUGGUAACAUGAGGUGCUUUAAGAUGAAGUCCCUUGCAUAGUUUUGUACUGUAUAGGUAACACUUUUUCCACUUCAGUGCACAUACUAUAGUCUCGUGUGUCUAAAUAAGCUCUACUCAAACUUAGGAUGUACGUUAAGACCACUCCAGUAGCAGAACAUUUGGUCGUGUGGUACGCACACACUUUAGGUUUCCUCGCCGUUUGUGUAUACGUCUCGUUUCCUGAUUUUUUGAUUCCAAGUUUUCUGCACUGCUGUACCCCAACACACUGUCCCAACAGUCUGACAGAGGCUCCUUUUGUAAAAGACAUUUUGUACUAAUGGUAGUAAAUGAAGUGGGGCGAUUUUUGUGUUGCUGUGUAAAAUAAAAACAAAGGCAGGUGAUCUGUCCAAUAAAACAGCCAGAAGAAAACAAUGAAAA